CAGACUGUGUGGACUCGUUUAUAAUGGCAAGAAACGAGGAGAAACAACAAGGGAGACUGAACAGACUUUGGCUGCAGAAAGAGAGAGAGGAGGGACGACUCAAAGAUGUACAUGAGCGGAGACCCAAGCUGUCCACUCUUCAUUCAGCUUCCUCUGUGAAAAAGUGGAUCCCCAGUAUCAAGAGUGAAAUAGAGUAUUAUUUGCAGCAGUCCCAGCUCUCUCAUUACCCAGAGAGGAAGAUAGCAGAGUUCCAGCUGCACAUUGAGGCUUUGGAAAAAGACUACAAAAGUUUCAUUGCCAAACUACGAAUUCUUGAUCCCUCUUGUAAACACAAGCCAUGGACUCCUCGAGCAUAUUGUAAAAGGAGAGCAGAGACACAAGACUCUCCAAGCAUCGUUAAGAUCCCUCGGCCCUGUGAGUCACAUGAUCAUAGGAGUCAGCUAAAUGGAGGUGAGAGGGAUUCGCCUACUAAUAAGACAGGAUGUCUCAAAACCUCAGCCACUGAGACACAUAGCCCUCCCAGUCAAUUGGCGACCAGGUUUCAAACCCCUGUCCCCACCAGACCAAUCUCAGAGACUUCAGAUGCAGCCUGUGGAGACCAGGACCAGCCCCUCUUCUUUGACCGUACACGGCUGGCGGUGGCUGCUGCUGCGUUCAGAGGACAUUCAGAUCAGCGAGGCGUCUUUCAAACGCAGAACCUAGCCAGGGUUCUGCAGUCUGGCCUGCCGAACCUCAAUAAUCCGUCUUUAGGACAAAGAUUUUCAACCCAGAGCAGAGACACUGUAGGACCCAGAGAGAACGAUGAGGGGGCAACAAUGGGAUCUGAUGUGGGACAGAAAGGUGUUGUCCGGGAACAUGACUCAGUCUGUAAAACAGCAGAGCGGAUACCGGGGAAAACAUCCAGUACUGGGACAACAGGGGAGAAGACAUUUCAUGUUCUGGGACUAGACAAUUACUCUUCUUCUGAUGAGGAGUCAGACACAUGAUAGUUUGAGAUGAUAAAAUAAAAUGCUCUGCAAUUUUCUACAAUUCA